AUGAGGGGAUUUUUGCACGACACCGUGGAAGACACGGGCGGGACACUGGAGCUUGUCACCGAGGGAUUCGGCCCCGAGGCCUCGCCCGCCCUCAAGGCCUCGCCCGCCGACACAGCCGGCGGGCAGGAGCCCUCUCGCUCCGAGAAGCAAGCGGCCAACUUGCGCAAGCUCGCUAACUUCGGAAUGUGGAAGCAGUAUGGCUGUGCUGGCUCCUACACAGCCAUCUUACCUAAGGAUGGCUGA